AUGGGUUCAUUAUUGUCAAAAUUUCACAGUUACGUUCAUCAAGAUGUUUUCUUAGUUCCUUCGCAUAAUAAUGUUUUGCUUAUUAUUAUUUUAUUUCUUGGAGUGAUCACUUCAUUGUUAUAUUUGAAAUUUAAUUGGAAGAAAUUUAUCUACAUUCAUAUCUAUAAACGUCUAAUGGGUCCGAAGUGGCUAGCUUCUAAUAAAGGUCCAUUUGCAUCGUACUAUCGAAAUAUUCUAUGCAAUAUGUACGAGAUCAAUAACAAACAAUUAGCAACAAUUCUUCAGAAUAAUUAUUCAUCUACUUUCUCACGAGAUCAUUCGAUUUCAUAUAUUCGUUCUCAUUGUCCACAUUCUCCUUUGCCUGCCGAUGAAGGUUAUACAACAAUUGAUGAGUUUCGUUCAAAAGUUCCGUUGACAACGUAUGAUGAUUAUCGCAACUAUAUUGAUCGAAUGGUUGAGGAAGGAGAAAAAAACUUAUUGUCUACUGAUAAAAUCGUUUAUUUUAAUACUAGUUCGGGAACUACAGGAAAGAUUAAACUGAUUCCAAUGACAAUGACAAUGUUAAAAGAAACAACGAACGCGUUUAAUAUUGGACUCUCUUGCAUGUGGAGAUCAUUACCAUCCUCAUCCUUUCCCUAUGCUAAACAACGAUAUUUUCAGUUAUCGAGUGGAAGGAACGAAUCAAUGUAUGACAAAACGAAAAGUGGCAUUCCUCUCGGCCCUUUCAGUCAAUGUUUUUCUGCAAUUUCAACAUUUUCCAAAUAUAAACCAAUAACAGCUGCUGCCAAUGUCAUAGGACUCGAUCUUGUCGAAGCAAUUACAGACUUCGAGACGAAUAUAUUUGUUCAACUUGUUUUCGCCAUGACCAUUUCCGAUAUAUAUUCUUAUUCAGUAACGUUUCCUCCAGCAUUUAUUCAUACCAUAAAAAUGAUCGAAGAUUAUUAUGAAGAAAUCAAUCGAUGUAUCACUUCGAUUGACUUCAACGAUAGUUCCCUUGUUCGAAAUCAUAUACACGAUGUCAAACUUGUAACUGAUUUAAAUCAAGCAUUGAAUGAAAUUAUCAUUGAAUAUGGAGGACGAAAGUAUCAAACAAAAAGAACAUAUCAUAUUCAACAAGAAUGUUGUAGAAAAGAUGUUCCUGGUCUUCUUCAUCGUUUAUGGCCAUCUCUGUUAUUUGCAUCUACUGCGAUCGGCAGUAACUAUUCCAUGUAUAAAGAACAAAUACAAUUUUAUUGUGGAAAUAAACUUCUUUUAAGCAACUUUACUUGUUACCUUGCAAGCGAAGGAUGUUUUGGAUUCACUGCAAGUAAUCAUACGGACGAAUAUUUUCUCUUACCAACCUAUGCAUUCUUUGAAUUCAUCAAAGAAGAAGAUAUACCUAAAGAACAACCGAAGACUCUUCUUAUGUCGGAAAUUGAGCCUGGAAAUCGAUAUGAAAUGGUUUGUACAACUCCUGCAGGACUUAUUCGAUAUCGAAUGGGUGAUGUGAUUACUUGUACACGAUUUCUUACUCACAGUAAUGAUCUAGUCGCAUUACCAGCUGAACCAAAGGAAAUACCUCGAAUUCCUCUUAUUUCAAUCGCAUGUCGUAUUGGAUGUUUAGACAUAUAUGGAGAGAAAACUAGUGAACGACAUGUACUGAAUGCUAUAAUGAAAGUAAUUCAACAAUGGAAAGAACAAGGAUUUCAUGUUGGUCUUCAUGAUUUUACUUCAUAUACAAAGAUUGAAGGUCUUUCGGUCUGUUAUGUCGUAUUUAUCGAACUGAUAGACGAAAAAUGUCAUGAUAAAAAUUGUACAGUCGUUGAUAAUCAAUUUAAAAUGCUCCAAGAUAUUGUUAGUAACGAAGUUGAUCGGCAGCUUUGUAUAGAAAAUCAAGUGUAUGAAAGCUAUCGACAGAUUGGGAAACUUGGUCCACUUAUGUGUAUUCUUGUUCAAUAUGGAACGUUCUCUACUUUUUUAAAUAAGGAAUUGAUCACUGAUCAAAUUAGUCCUGUUCAAAUCAAACCUCGUCGAUUUCUGAGAAAUGAUAAACAUAUUCAAUUCUUCUAUGAACAUCAAAUUAUAGAUUGUACUGUUUAA